UGUGAGUUCACCGCCGGGAUCGCCUCCCAGAGCCGCGCCGUCCAGCUCCCGAGCUUUCGCAGUCCGCGGGGUCCGCCGCCUGCGCGCGUCAAGCUCUUCAGCCCCCCAGGGAGAACCUCGCGAGAACAAGACGGGAGAGCGCGGCUGUCUCCAAGAGUUCCACUUCGCUGCUGCUAAUUUUCCAGAGCACUUUCAACUCUUUUGGGGAGAAACCGAUUUUUGUUGUCUCAGCCUUCUGACUUCUUUCUUUUUCUCAUCCCUUGGGACAUCUUCGGCCACAUCCCACACAUCAGUCUUCGCCCUUCACCAAGGUUUUGGUGUCUGUGGCCGAGGCCGUGAGAGGAGGCCGCGGUCCCCACCGUCCCCAGCGCCAGGAGCCGGGCCUGGGCGCUGAGGUCACGAUGUCCACCAAGGUGCCCAUCUACCUGAAGCGUGGCGGCCGCAAGGGCAAGAAGGAGAAGCUGCGGGACCUGCUGUCGUCGGACAUGAUCAGCCCGCCGCUGGGGGACUUCCGCCACACCAUCCAUAUUGGCAGCGGCGGGGGCAGCGACAUGUUCGGCGACAUCUCCUUCCUACAGGGCAAGUUCCACCUCCUGCCAGGGACCGCAGUUGAGGGACCUGAGGAGGAUGGCGCCUUCGACCUCCCCUUCCAGUUCACCCGCACCGCCACGCUGUGCGGGCGGGAGCUCCCCGAAGGGCCAUCCCCUCUGCUCAAGAACGCCAUCUCCCUCCCUGUCAUCGGUGGGCCCCAGGCCCUCACCUUGCCCACAAGCCAGGCCCCACCCAAACCCCCUCGCCUGCACCUGGAGACCCCGCAGCCUUCCCCACAGCCUUCCCCGCAGGAGGCAGGCAAUGUGGACAUCUGGAGAAUUCCAGAGGCUGACUCUGCCCACAAUGGGCUGACCCCCGAGUCAGGGGCCGAGGAGCCCUUCCUGUCCCAUGCCAGCUCCCUGCUCUCCCUGCACGUGGACCUGGGGCCUUCCAUCCUGGACGACGUCCUCCAGAUCAUGGACCAGGACCUGGGCCACAUGCAGAUCCCCACGUAGGACCAAGGCUGGCCAGGCCGGGUGCUCAGGAUGGAGUGAAUGCUGGGAGGCAGGGGGCGAUGCAGCCCGGGCCUAGAAGUCAGGAUUCCCAAGGUCCCACUGUGUGGUCGCUGGCCAGUGAUUUCUUUCUCUGAGCCUUUGUUUCCCUCCCUCCCAGGCUCUUCCUAGGGGCAGAGUGUGCCUCAUUGCUUUCCCCUAAAACACACUAAGGACACCUGCAGAAGUCAGCCCAAAGGGCCCUGAGCAUCUUGGGCCAGCUGGACCCCCACCGCCAACUGCUCCUCCUUCCCUCACCUCCCUUGGAGGAAGGCUCUGCCAAGACGGACUCCCCUUUCCACCUGCCUUCUGUCUCAGCCCCGGGGGAUGCCCUGAUUGGGGGCGGGGCAGGGUUGGGGGAGGCACGGCAUAGCCAGCCAGACCUUCGGCUCCAUGUCCUGGACUGGGAACAUGGCAUCGAUGACUGAAUGUCCCUCGGCCCCAUCCCCCUCCCAUGGCCAGGAGAUUCUGGUCGCAAUAAAACUUGCUGCUGCUGGUAGCUGUGCUCUCUGCACCCUUGACCUAGCUUUCCUCCGGAAGGCGGACUGGUCUCUGCGACAUGGGCUGACCUGGGGAGGCAGGGGGAGCACCCCACUCCCAGAAGGCUUGGUCCCCUUUGAAAGCUUCUACCUGGGAGCAGGAACCAACCAAAUGCCACCUGGAGAUAUUGCAGUAUUGCUUCUGGUGUUUACAAGAGGUGGCUGAGCACUGGGGUAAGACAGGCGCCAUGCCCAGGCUGCUGGGGUCUAUGGGGGAGACCCAAGAAUGAAAGAACAAGCCCUGGUGCAAGGGACCAGCAGGUGCACCAGCAUCAGAGGACUGAGGGCGCAUGCGGGAGGGAGGGCCAGACCUGGGGCCUGGAGGGAUCAAACGGAGCUCAUCAGCGCUAUUUAGUGAGCAGCUAGGGGGCACUCAAGCGUGUCCCUGGUGCCAGGGAUGUCAGACGGACGCGAUCCCUGCUCUCCUGUAGCUCAUAUUCUAGUGGAAAAAGAAUAUUGAAUUUGUAAGCGGGUAAGAGGAUUUCCCACCAUGUUGAACAACCGUGAAGAAAACAAGAUUGGGAAUGCCUGGGGCAGAGGGCCCAUUAGGAUGGUCAGACAUGAUUCUGGCCCAAACCUGAAGGCUAAGAUACACUCGUGCAUAAGCAAAGGCACUGAGGCACCAGAAUGAAUGACAGAGGAGCCGCCAAGUGGUGAAAAGAGCGUGGAUCUCUGGGUCUGACCUAGUCUGUGUGAGAUUCAGUUUCUCCAUCUCUAGAAUGGGUCAGUGGUCCUGACCUCGCAGGGCUGUGGGAAAAAUUAGGGACAAGGUUUAUGAACUGUCACAUGGAAGGUACUCCAAAGUGGCUAUGGACAUAAAGGAACGUGGGGCUCUGGAAAGGCAGGACUGGGGAAACAGCUUGGAGUCCGCUGGGAAUGGCUUUGCUUGCAAUGGGGAGCUGCAGAAGGAUUUUAAGCAGGAGAGACACAUGGUCAGAUCCGGGUUUUAGCAGGUCACUGCCCGAGCCAGUGGAGGAUGGUCCAAAGGUCAGAAAGGAAGAAGCCACUGCAGGGUGAGGAGACUUGGACGGGGAAGGGACGUGGGGAUAGAGGAAGGGAGAGGGCUAAGGUGGGGCUUGUGUCUGAUCGGUACAGGCCACACGGGUGGCUAGAGGCAAGUUCAAGCCUUGGCUGUCCCCUGCUUCCAUUAACCACUGGUUCUCCAUCCUUCUGACCCUGCGGAUCCCAGAUUCCAACCUUGCCCCCAGCCUUUCCUGCCUCCAUUCCCUGUGUCAGAUUUCAUAGUGGGGGCUGAAUGGGACCCAGAGGCAUUUUGCUUGGCCACGGGGCUGUGUACGUGUGUGUGUUAAAAUAUACACAAUAUGAAACUGA